AUGUCACCAUUUCUUCGAAUUGGUUUGUCCAACUUUGACUGUGGGUCCUGCCAGCCGUGCCAGGGAGAGGCUGUUAACCCUUACUGUGCUGUGCUUGUCAAAGAAUAUGUUGAAUCAGAGAAUGGGCAGAUGUACAUCCAGAAAAAGCCAACCAUGUACCCUCCCUGGGACAGCACUUUUGACGCCCAUAUCAACAAGGGAAGAGUAAUGCAGAUCAUCGUAAAGGGCAAAAAUGUGGACCUAAUAUCCGAAACCACUGUGGAGCUCUAUUCCCUGGCCGAGAGAUGUAGGAAAAACAAUGGGAAGACAGAAAUAUGGUUAGAGCUGAAACCUCAAGGCCGAAUGCUAAUGAACGCAAGAUACUUUCUGGAAAUGAGUGACACAAAGGACAUGAGUGAAUUCGAGAACGAAGGCUUCUUUGCUCUGCAUCAGCGCCGAGGAGCCAUCAAACAGGCCAAAGUCCACCACGUCAAGUGCCAUGAGUUCACGGCCACCUUCUUCCCACAACCCACGUUUUGCUCCGUCUGCCAUGAGUUUGUCUGGGGUCUGAACAAACAGGGCUACCAGUGUCGACAAUGUAAUGCAGCAAUUCACAAGAAGUGUAUCGAUAAAGUUAUAGCGAAGUGCACAGGAUCAGCUAUCAACAGCCGAGAAACCAUGUUCCACAAGGAGAGGUUCAAAAUCGACAUGCCGCACAGAUUUAAGGUCUACAAUUACAAGAGCCCCACCUUCUGUGAGCACUGUGGGACCCUGCUCUGGGGCCUGGCGAGGCAAGGCCUCAAGUGUGACGCCUGUGGCAUGAACGUACAUCACAGAUGCCAGACAAAGGUUGCCAACCUUUGUGGCAUAAACCAGAAGCUAAUGGCUGAAGCACUGGCAAUGAUCGAGAGCACUCAACAGGCUCGCUGCUUAAGAGACUCUGAACACAUCUUCAGAGAAGGUCCAGUUGAAAUUGGUCUCCCACGCUCCAUAAAAGGUGAAGCAAAGCUGUCGUAUGGACCAGCACCGGGGAAAAAAGAGCCUCAGGGGAUCUCCUGGGAGUCUCCCUUGGAUGAGAUGGAGAAAGUAGGCCAUCGUCCAGAACCUGAACUUAACGUAGAAAGACCAUCUCUACAUAUGAAAUUAAAAAUCGAGGAUUUUACCUUGCACAAAAUGUUGGGGAAAGGAAGUUUUGGCAAGGUCUUCCUAGCAGAGUUCAAGAAAACCAAUCAAUUUUUCGCAAUAAAAGCCUUAAAGAAAGAUGUGGUUUUGAUGGACGACGAUGUGGAGUGUACAAUGGUAGAGAAGAGAGUUCUCUCCUUGGCCUGGGAGCAUCCAUUCUUAACGCACAUGUUCUGUACGUUCCAGACCAAGGAAAACCUCUUUUUUGUGAUGGAGUAUCUCAACGGAGGAGACUUAAUGUACCACAUCCAGAGCUGCCACAAGUUCGAUCUUUGCAGAGCCACGUUCUAUGCUGCUGAAAUCAUUCUCGGUCUGCAGUUCCUUCAUUCCAAAGGAAUAGUCUACAGGGACCUGAAGCUUGAUAACAUCCUGUUAGACAAAGAUGGACACAUCAAAAUAGCGGACUUCGGGAUGUGCAAGGAGAACAUGCUGGGGGACGCCAGGACCAACACCUUCUGCGGGACCCCCGACUACAUCGCCCCGGAGAUCCUGCUGGGUCAGAAGUACAACCAUUCUGUGGACUGGUGGUCCUUUGGCGUCCUUCUCUAUGAGAUGCUAAUAGGUCAGUCACCUUUCCAUGGGCAAGAUGAAGAGGAACUCUUCCACUCCAUCCGCAUGGACAACCCCUUUUACCCACGAUGGCUCGAGAAGGAGGCUAAGGACCUUUUAGUGAAGCUCUUCGUAAGAGAACCUGAAAAGCGCCUGGGGGUAAGGGGAGACAUCCGCCAGCACCCCUUGUUUCGGGAGAUCAAUUGGGAAGAGCUGGAAAGGAAGCAGAUUGACCCUCCGUUCAGGCCUAAAGUGAAAUCACCGUACGACUGUAGCAAUUUCGACAAAGAAUUCUUGAAUGAAAAGCCCCGGCUGUCAUUUGCAGACAGAGCGCUGAUCAACAGCAUGGACCAGAACAUGUUCCAGAACUUUUCCUUCAUGAAUCCAGGGAUGGAGAAGCUGAUAUCCUGA